AUGUAUGUGGUGGAGAAUGAGGGAUGGGCCAUAGCCUGCAUGUUGGUUUCUUUAUUCUUGUUGGGUACUUUUCCUGCUAUAUUUACUCUCUUAGAGAGAAGGGGUCGGCUUCCUCAGCAUACUUACCUGGAUUACUCCUUUGCAAAUCUCUUUACUGCCAUCAUCAUUCCCUUGACUUUAGGUCAGAUUGGAGAUAGCAAGCCUGAUAUGCCCAACUUCAUAACUCAGCUCUCUCAACUCAUUGAAGAUUGGCCCUGUGUUUUGUUCGCAAUGGCAGGUGGGAUUGUUCUCAGCCUCGGAAACAUAGCUCAACAGUAUGCAUUGGCUUUAGUUGGUCUAUCAGUUAUGCAGGUGAUUGCUUCAAGCAUGAUUGUGCUUAUAGGAACAACCUUGAACUACUUCUUAGACAACCGAAUUAACAAUGCCAAGAUUCUUUUCCCUGGCACUGCAAGCUUCUUCAUUGCAAUCUGUCUUGGAUCUGCUCUUCACUCAUCUAAUGCAGCUGAUAAUAAAGCAAAACUUACUGGUUUCCCAAACACUAAUCAUGAUGGAACAGGGACUAUAGAAACAACAGGGAUUGAAUUAGAAACAUCCCCAGACAAUGAUGGAAGAUGGGUUUUGGAAAAUGGAAGUAGUCAUCCAGAGAAAGCAAAAAUCGGAACUGCUGAUUUCCUCAUGGAGCUUGAGAACAAAAGAGCCAUCAAGGUCUGUGGGAAGAGCACUAUUAUUGGACUGGGCAUAACAUUCUUCGCCGGUGCUUGCUUCUCCCUCUUCUCGCCUGCAUUUAACCUGGCUACCAAUGACCAAUGGCAUACCAUGAAAGCAGGGGUUCCCCAUUUGGUGGUUUACACUGCAUUCUUCUACUUCACAUUAUCCUGGUUCAUUAUUUCCAUCAUCCUACCAAUGAUCUUCCUGUACCACCCCAUACUCAAUGUACCAAAGUCAUCUCUAACAGCUUAUCUAAAGGAUUGUGAUGGCAGAUUGUGGGCCCUCUUGGCAGGCCUAUUGUGUGGUCUUGCUAAUUGUUUCCAAUUCAUGGGAGGUCAGGCUGCAGGGUAUGCCACUGCUGAUUCUGUUCAGGCACUUCCACUGGUGAGCACCUUCUGGGGCAUACUUGUGUUUGGAGAAUAUCGGCGAUCGUCCAAAAGAACAUAUGUGUUACUAGUGAGCAUGCUGUUGAUGUUUAGUGUGGCUGUGGGGGUGCUCAUGGCAUCAGCUGCAAAUCGGAAGACCUUCUGAUGCCAAGCCUUCCACUGAGUUUCCCUUAAUGCUAUAGGGAACGAAUGUUUGACGUCAAAGAAACAACACUCGACAACAUAAACAUAACUGAGAUGAAGAUG